CGCGCAGCAUUCAGCCGCCCAGCGUUGCGCUUUCUCCACACCCACCAUGGCCGCUCCUCAACGCAGGCAGCCUCAGCAGUACUAUGCCGUCCCACAAAGCCCGCAGAACAACAGUCGAUACCAACCUCAGCCCCAGCCUCACACUCAGUCGUACUCCAUACCGCAACCCUCGACGAGUGGGAAGAACGACACUGCGCACGGUGUCGCGACAGGUGCGAUAGGCGGAGGAUAUGGCCCCUACUCGUACAACCCGAACGUCACGAACGGCCAGUAUAACUCCUCCCGCUUCAGUGCUGCACCAUCCGAAGUGUCGAUCGGCACGACGGGGGAGAAGACAAGCAGUGCCACGCCUAUGGUUGGAAGCGCGACCGUGCAACAAUAUCCGUACCUUUGGGAUACCAAAGAUCCAGAGCUGGACGAUGCUCUUCACAACCCUGACCCCGUCCGGGAUGCAGCAAUGGAACGAACAUGCAAUCCGUUCUCCUCGAGAGGAUGGCUCAACGUCUCCGCACUAAUCAUCCUCGUAGCGGGCAUCCUUACGCUCUUUGCUGGGUAUCCCAUCAUCCAUUAUUUCACGGAGGAGAAACCAUCGAAGAUAGGCUUCAACCUGGGGGGCAUCAACGGCUCUGGACAGGUGCCAAAUCUCGCCAUUCCAAAGCUAAUCGAUUCGGACACGCCGGAUUCGGCAAAGUCGUUUACGUCGAAGGACGGCACGUCGUACGACCUUGUCUUCAGUGACGAGUUCGAGACUCCCGGGCGGACGUUCUGGCCGGGGGACGACGCGUUCUGGGAGGCUGUGGACAUGAACUAUUGGCCGACAGGUGAUGUGGAGUGGUACACGCCGACUCAAGCCACGACGGAGGAUGGCAAGCUGGUUCUCACCUUGGAGGAGGUCGAGAACCACGACUUGAACUUCCGGAGCGCUAUGCUUCAGUCGUGGAACAAGUUUUGCUUCACGACAGGUUACAUCGAGGUGAAGGUCAGUUUGCCAGGCACACCGAAGGCUCCGGGCUUCUGGCCUGCGGUAUGGACGAUGGGCAACCUGGGCCAUGCUGGAUACGGAGCAACGACCCAGGGAACGUGGCCUUACACGUACGACAGUUGCGACGUCGGAACAUUCCCGAACCAAACGUACUCAAAUGGAACACCGAGUGCGGCGGAAGGACUGAGUUUUCAGCCAGGUCAGAGGGUCUCCGCCUGCACGUGCCCUGGCGAAGACCACCCGGGCCCGUCCACCUCCGUUGGUCGCGGCGUUCCUGAGAUCGAUAUCUUCGAGGCUCAAGUGGCGGAGGGGUGGCGAGGCCAGGUCUCGCAGAGCAUGCAGAUCGCGCCGUAUGACGCCAAGUAUCAGUUCAACACCGACACCGGCGCGACGACCAUCUUCGACAGUGACAUCACGUCGUUCAACACGUACCUGGGAGCGCAGUACCAACAGGCCGUCUCGGGCCUGACGUUCAUCAACAGUUCCGUGUACAACAAUUCGGAGUACGGAAUUUACGGCUAUGAGUGGUACUCGAACCCGGACAACCGCGACGACGGCUUUAUUACCUGGUACAGCAGCGGCGAGGAAUCGUGGAAGAUCACAGCAGCCUCGCUUGGUCCCGACAGUCAGACACAAGUCGGUCAGCGCCUGAUCCCGGAGGAGCCCAUGUAUAUCAUCAUGAAUUUUGGAAUGUCGCCGUCAUUCCAAGAACAAGAUUGGAUGCACCUGGAGUUCCCUGCGAAGAUGUAUAUUGACUAUGUACGCGUCUAUCAGCGUUCGGAUGUCUCGGAUGGUACGACAUGCGACCCUCCGAAAUACCCUACGGCAGAUUACAUCAACAAGCACGCGACUGCUUACUCGAACCCCAACCUCACGACUUGGACAGGAGCUGGCUACGGCUGGCCCAAGAACUCGUUGUACGACGGCUGCUAAUGAGUCAGACGGCGAGCCUCGUCUACGUCCUCUUUCACGGCUCCUAGUGUUGUUUGCAUAGUACUGGCAUUGGUGGUUCCUUCGUCGCACGCUUCAUUUGUCACGAAUACUUGCAUCUAUUUCGGUGGACUCGUUUACUUUAUUAUUGCGUACUGCUUAGCACCUCACGGCCUCACCCUCCCCUGGCCCUGUCGUACACGGACCCGCCACCAUACUCCCACCCUGCUCCCUCCGUCGCGGCCAGUGACAAUGACCUGCUACUCGCCGAAUGUAAAUAGUAGUACGUAUACGUAGACACUCGUUUGCUCUGAGAUUCUUCAUGCUAUGGGCCGUACCGCCCUGAAUACAAUGCUCUGCGCAGAGA